AUGCUUCGUUUGGCUGACAAAAUUCGUCAAAGGCAGCAGGGCCAAAUUUCGAAUGAACCAGAUUCAGUUUCCUCACCCUCUAUAAGAAAUGCUUCCAUCCGUGAUAGACUCCUAGCACAGGAGCUCACAGACCUAAAAUCCAAUUUAUCACAACACUGCCGUCUGCGUUAUCCCGACCCCGAUAAGCUCCACGAAUUUGAAAUAAUUAUCUCUCCAGUAGAUGGAUUUUGGGCAAAGGGUCACUUUCAUUUUGAGUUUACUGUCCCUGAAGGUUACAAUCACGUCCCUCCAAUCGUAAAGUGUACUACCAGAAUCUGGCAUCCAAAUAUUGAUGAGGAGGGAAGGAUUUGUCUUAGUCUUCUAAGACCAAGUUCACUCGAUUCUUCUGGCUGGGCUCCCACUAGGAAGUUAUCCGAUGUGAUAUGGGGCUUGGAAUCAUUAUUUUCUGAUCUUUGUGACUUCAACGACGCACUAAAUACGAAUGCCGCCGAAGAAUACAUCCGUGACCCAGAAUCCUUUAAACGUACUUUGGCGUAUGUGCACACAGGCUCUAAACCCGCUCUUUCAGGCACUGUGUCGGUUUGGCAGAGUAAAAGGCCACAGGAUCCAUCUCAUCCGAAACCUCCAACAUCAAACGAAUGUCCCAGCGAAGCCCACGUCAAACGUCGUGUUGAGGUCUUCUCAACCGCUAGCUGCUGCAACAGAAUCUUCUCCCUACAAGGUUCAAGAAUACUAUGGUUUCUCACAAUAUUCCUUCGUUGA